AUGCCUCAAAAAAUGUUUACUGAUCACCCUCAACGUACCAGCCUUACAGCCUCGGCUAUGCCCCGUUUACCAGCUCCCCCCACCUCCGCCACGCUAGCGCGCCCCUUAGCUUGUCCUCUUCCUCCGAGGUUUGCUGCAGCAAAAGUAAUCUCCUCCACAGCACAUGCCCUACCACCGCCCGGUUGGGAGACUGCACAAAGCGCUGGAAUUCACAACAAUUUCUUCACACAUCUUGCUCCUUCGUUCUCAGAAAUCCACCAGAUGGGAUAUUCAAAACUAGUACCUGAGUCCCCAGCUCGCUGUGUGACCUUGGACAAGUGGCUGCACCUCUCUAAGCCUGCUUCUCCUCGCUAA